UAUAGAUUUAAGGGUCGGUCUUAGAUCCUUUUUUUUUGGGAUGGGUUGGACAUGAGCAAAUUUCCAGCUUUCUAGAUUCGUAAGAUAUCUGGAAGAGACGCGAAAAAACUGGUGCAAGCUCCGCUGCACACCUCUUCAAUACAUCGGCAGGAAUCAAGUCCGGACCAGAAGCUUUGUUGAAAUGAGCGACAAGGGGUGGUAUGAAUAAAAAUGAAGUACCUUCUAAUACUACAAGUAUUAGCAUUUUCUACAAAGUAUGUACUUCAAAUCUGAGAAGAAGCUACAUUUUCAAGUAGAUACUUUUUGUUUUACCGUAACUUACUAUAUCAAGUAGUAUUUACUGAAAGUACCUACUUCUUGUAGUAGAUGCUACUAAUUUGAAGAGGAUCUUAGUAUAUGCUUGACUUUUGCGAAGUUGGUAUAAGUGCAACUUCAGAGAGAAUACUACGGUUUAGUAGAGAAAACGUAUCUUACCUAGCGAAUAUAUUUCUCCCAGAAGUAAAUGAAACUCGAGGCGGUGCUCUUACACACAUCCAACAAAUGGAAGUAUUUUUAAGAAGCUUAGGAGACCCUGGAUUUCAGCUAGGCGUUGGACUUGAUGUUGGGAUUCAUCAAACAACCGUUUCAAAAAUUAUUGAUAAGGUAUCACGUGAAAUCUGUAGCAAGAAAAAUCAGUGGGUUAAAUUCCCUGCUACGGGAGCUAUGUUCAACAGAGCUAAAGAUGAAUGGACAGCACAUAAUACAAUACCUCAUGUCAUUGGCGCCAUUGACUGCACUCACGUGAAAAUUAUAAAACCAUAUGUACAUGGCGAUGAAUAUAUUAACAGAAAAGGAGUUUCUACAAUAAAUGUACAAGCAACAUGUAAUAGCAGAGAAAUGUUUACCAGUGUUGAUGCUUCCUGGCCUGGGUCUGUUCAUGAUUCUAGAAUAUGGUACAAUAGUCCUAUUUACCCUAUUAUGUAUAAUAAUCAAAAAAGAGUUUGUCUUUUGGGUGAUUCUGGAUAUGGUGUAACUCCUUGGAUGCUUACACCUUUCAAAGAUCCCAUAACAAACAUUCAAAAGUACUUUAACAGAAUACAUGCAAGAGAACGUGUGAUUAUAGAAAGAUGCUUUGGCCAGUUAAAAACAAGAUUUCCUAUGUUGAAUUAUACAAUCCGACUUAAAACAGAUAGAACAUGUCGAUAUAUUAUGUGUGCAUUUAUUUUACAUAAUUGUGCAAAGUUUUUGAACGAUCCAGAUGAACAUUUUGAUGAAAUGAACAUAGAAGAAGAAGCAGUUAUGCCUGAAUUAUAUGCCGAACCAAACAACGGUGAAGUCCGACGCCGAGGUAUCCAGUUUAGAAAUGAAAUUGCAACACUAAUGUACAGACAGCGUUGAAAAAGUAAAUAAAUAUUUGGAUUGUUUGGAUUUUAUACAUAUUUAUUUUAUGAAGGUUCUGACAAAAUAAUUAAACCCUAUAAAC